AUGGCUUCAACUUUGAGUUCUUCAUUCAUUUCCCCUGCCUUGAUCAUCUUGCUAGUCUACCUAUCUUCCUCAUCCAACAAUCUGGCAGCAAAACACACCUACUCUGCCUCUCAUCACCACCGCCACCACAACCGUCCCCCGUUUCAGAACCCAAAACUCCAGCAAGCUUAUAAUGCCCUUCAGGCUUGGAAACGAGUCAUCUACUCAGACCCCUAUAAUUUCACCUCUAACUGGGUUGGUCAUGAGGUAUGCAACUAUACAGGCGUGUUUUGUGCACCUCCCCCGAAUGACAAAAAAAUCAGAGUAGUUGCUGGCAUUGAUCUUAACGGUGCUGAUAUAGCCGGCUUUCUCCCUGAUGAAUUAGGCCUGCUCUCAGACCUUGCACUCAUCCAUCUCAAUAGCAAUCGCUUCUGUGGCAUCCUGCCACAAACUUUAGCCAACCUCUCACAACUCUUUGAGCUUGAUCUUAGUAACAAUAGGUUUGUAGGGCCUUUUCCAUACGUUGUUCUGUCUCUUCCUUCUUUGCAAUAUCUUGACAUUCGAUAUAAUGAGUUUGAAGGGCCAUUGCCUCCUCAACUUUUCAGUAAAAAUCUCGAUGCCAUAUUUGUUAAUAACAACCGAUUCUCUAAUGUGAUACCAUCCAAUUUCGUUGGAAGUUCAGCUUCUGUUGUGGUAUUUGCCAACAACAAACUUGGAGGCUGCCUGCCACCAAGUAUUUCUAACUUUGCGAAUACUUUGGAGGAGCUGCUAUUAAUUAACACUAGUUUGUCAGGGUGCUUGCCACCGGAGGUUGGUUACCUUUACAAACUAAAAGUGUUAGAUGUGAGCAAUAAUAACUUAGUUGGUCCUAUACCUUACAGCCUUGCAGGUUUAGCACAUUUGGAGCAGCUAAACUUGGCGCAUAACAUGAUGACCGGGAUUAUACCGAUGGGAGUUUGUAUCCUACCAAACCUGGCAAAUUUUACUUUCUCUUAUAACUUUUUCUGCGAGGAAGAGGGGAUUUGCCAGAACUUGACAUCUAAUGGUAUAGCUUUCGAUGAUCGCCGAAACUGUUUGCCAGAGAAGCCCAACCAGAGAAGUCAGAAAGAAUGUCGAGGUGUGCUUGAACAUCCAGUGGACUGCUUUCAUUACCACUGCGGCGGCGUUCGUGGCAGUUCCGCCGCAGUUCCACCAGCCAUGAUUCCCGCAGGCACACCACUUUCGUCACCUGCUAUGGCUCCUGGCUACGUGUAA